GCUCGCCUAUAUAAGAGCUCCGAGAUCGAUUCAUUUGGGCGACGACCUCACGCGUCGCUUCCUCUCGCACCGUUGCAGCAGCUAGGCAUCGUCAUCGCAUUGUGAUGAGAUAAUAUCAUCGAGCGAGCUCGAUCGAUCAGCCAUGGAGAACCACCACCGCAGCCAGCAGCAGCCGCCGGCCGCUCCGGCGGCGCAGCCGGCCGCCGCCCCGCCGCAGUACCGGGGCGUGCGGCGGCGGAAGUGGGGCAAGUGGGUGUCGGAGAUCCGGCAGCCGGGCACCAAGGUCCGCGUCUGGCUGGGCAGCUUCGACUCCGCGGAGGCCGCGGCGGUGGCGCACGACGUGGCGGCGCUGUGCCUGCGCGGCCCGCGGGACGCGCAGCUCAACUUCCCGGGGUCCGCAGGCUGGCUUCCCCGCCCCGCCAGCGCCGACCCGGCCGACAUCCGCGCCGCCGCGGCGGAGGCGGCCGAGCGCGUGCGCCGCGAGCCGGCGCUCGUUGCCGCCGACGAGCCCCCCGCGCCGGGCAGCCUCGACCUGGCCGUGGGCGGCGGCGAGUUCGACGACGACAUGGAGUCGUCGCCCCAGCUGUGGACCGAGAUGGCCGAGGCCAUGCUGGUGGACCCGCCCAAGUGGGGCCCGGAUGGCAGCGACGGCUCCGAGGGCUCCGGCUCCCAGCAUUGGCCCCAGGGGUCCCUGUGGGACGCAUGCUAGGCUGCCACGUAGCAAUGGCCACUUCACCGAUCAAUCUUCAAAUAGUACUAUUGCCAUGCAGCAAAUAUGCGGUACUGCGUAUCAUAUAUCAUAAGAGCUUAAAUGUGUCAAAAUGUGUGUACUAGUGCAUGUGAUGUAUAUAUGUGGUAAUUCUAAUGAAUAAACAUACUCCAAAAUCGCUCCAAAAGUAGGACGCUCUA